CAUCAUUGGUCAGUGGGAGGAAUCGUGCCCUACCAUUGGUGAUCAUUGGAAAUAAUGCCUCCUAGAUUGAUGGUGAGUGGGCAGAACGCCUCCUACAUUGGUGGCCAGUAGGAAGAAUGCCUCUUUCAUUGGUGGUCAGUGGGAAGAAUGCCUCUUUCAUUGGUGGUCAGUGGGAAGAAUGCCUCUUUUAUUGGUGGUCAGUGGGAAGAACGCCUCUUUCAUUGGUGGUCAGUGGGAAGAAUGCCUCUUUCAUUGGUGGUCAGUGGGAAGAACGCCUCCUACAUUGGUGGUCAGUAGGAAGAAUGCCUCUUUCAUUGGUGGUCAGUGGGAAGAAUGCCUCUUUCAUUGGUGAUCAGUGGGAGGAAUGCCUCUUUCAUUGCUUGCUGGUCAGUGGGAAGAAUGCUCCUUACAUUGGUGGUGAGUAGGAAGAAUGCCCAUUACAUUGGUGGUCAGUGGGAAGAAUGCUCUUUACAUUGAUGGUCGUUGGGAAGAAUGAAUCUUACAUUGGUGGUCAGUGGGAA